GCUCGGAUAUCUUGGAAGAUUCGGUGAUUGAAGUCCAAGCCACUUAGAAUUGGGUAAACUUACGCCAUGGUUUUUGGUAUGAUGAAGCUUCUGGGUUGCUAUAAGGUAGACGAGCACUCACUGCUUUCUUGCACCUUUGAGCUUGAAACGGGAACGUCAUCCAAACACACAGAAAUCCUCCAACCACAAUGGCAGUCCUCAACUGGGCCAGCUCCCGUGCUGCUACUCUCAGUCCCGGGACAGCAGCUUUGCUUGUCAUUACGACAUGGCUGCUGUACAUCACCAGUCUCGCAAUCUAUCGACUGUAUUUCCACCCCUUGGCCAAGUUCCCAGGAAGAAAAAUGGCUGUUGUCACCACUUGGUACGAGUUCUACUACGAGUUACGGUAUGGGGGGCAGUACAUCUUUGAGAUAGAGAAGAUGCAUAAGGAGUUUGGGCCGAUAGUGCGCAUCAAUCCUCAUGAACUGUCGAUCCAUGACCCGGAGUACUACAACGAGCUUUAUGUGGGAAGCAGCAAACGGCGGACCAACUUCUGGCCACUGUUUCAGGGGUGUACCGAUGACACUGAUGUUAACCACUUCAUGACCAUCGACCACGACCUACAUCGCCAGCGACGAAAGCCUUUCGACCCCUUCUUUUCCCGCAUGGCUAUUAACACUCGAUACUGGCCCAUGCUUACCGACAAGGCUCUCUUCUUGGAGUCCCGUAUCCGUGGGUACAGGGGCCAAGGGAAAGCUGUUCGGCUGGACCGCGCUUUCUCGGCCUUUUCAGCGGACUGCAUCGAGAGGAUAUGCACCGACGACCUUGAGCCUGGUGAUGGGUUCCUCGAUCAACCGGAUUUUGGACCCGAGUGGUAUGAUGGGAUGCUGGGGUUGAUCAGGAACGCGCCAAUCUUGACCAAGUUUCCAAAGGCUUUGAGCGCCCUUGGGUACAUGCCGCAGCGCUUGCUGCUUUGGCUCUUCCCGCAAGGACACAUAGCCAACAAAUACGACGAACGAACAAGAACGCAGAUCCACAAAGCCGUAACCAAACAGCACCUGUCCAAGGACGCCAGCUCGGAGCAUAUCACACUCUUCCGUGCACUAGCGCAGAGUAACCUCUCACCUGCUGACAAAACAGAAGAACGGCUGGUACGAGAAGCGAAGCUUAUCUUCCUCGGCGGAACGAUCAGCACCGGGCGAACCCUCAGCUUCGUAUCCUACUACAUCCUCUCCCGCCCAGAUAUCAAAGCCCGUCUCGCGGACGAGUUGCGACAUGUUAUGGCUGCGUGGCCCGAGGUUGUUCCCACUUGGACCGAGCUGGAGAGAUUGCCUUAUUUGCAGGCAGUGAUCAAGGAGGCUUUGCGACUCAGCUACGGCUUCAUGAGACGCCUGCCGCGCGUCUCGCCCGAUGUGGCCAUCCAGUACAAGGAUUACACGAUCCCGCCUGGUACUCCGGUGGGCAUGAGCGCCUACUUGAUGCAUAGCAACCCGGAGGUGUACCGGGAUCCAGACCAGUUCGUCCCGGAGCGGUGGCUGGCUGAGGACACGAAGGCGAUGCAGAGAAGCUAUGUGCCCUUUACUAAGGGGUCGAGAAGUUGCCUUGGUCAAAAUCUCUCCAUGGCGGAGAUCAGUCUGGUUCUAGCGGUGCUCUUUCGACCCAACGGACUGGGUAUGGAGCUAUUCGAGACGGACGAGAGUGAUGUGAAGCAUGUUCAUGAUUUUGUUGUGCCGCUGCCGAAGUUGGAUAGUUUGGGUGUUCGGGUCAUGGUUCGUUGAAGAUGGAUGGAGGAGGAAGAACUUCCCGGCGCUGGUGAUGCCGGGGCAGAUGUUAGUGACAUGGUGCACGGCCAGCUCAGUUAGGGAAGGCGUACUAACAUAAACCUUCCUCGUGGAAAACGCUGGAAUGUUGCUUUAGUCACUCCGCACUGUGAGCCCUUGAAACAAAUAAAGGAAAGCAAAACUGCUUGUCAAAGAAAUUCCUUACAUUAAGGUAAUAAAUGAAGUCAG